AAUACAAAACACAUGCCGUAAAAGAGUGACGCAAUCUUGAAUUAAAAUUUCCAUAGAAAUCACAUACACUUAAUAACAAAGAAACAAAGAAACCAAACCAAAAUGUUUUGUUAUGUAGCGCACCAAGCGUCGUCUAUUUAAAAAUCUCUUAUCGAAUUAUGAUUAAAGGACACAUCAAAAACACACAGCAACAUAUGCCGACCCCGGUCCAUUCAUAGACAUACAGCACAGUGAAUGAAAUCAGCGCGUACGCCGCUCUGCAUUAAACAGCUGACGUCCGCACACUCCACUGGACACAUAUCACCGCUUCAGCCGCGGGAAUUUGCUUUUAUCGCACACUUUGCCGCAAAGUGAAUGUAAAUAAAGACGUUGCAAGCAUAAAUUCAAGAGCAGUAAAGCGGUCUCUCGGCUCUUGUGAGUUUGUGUGGCCCAACAUCAAUUGCCUGUUGUCAGGGCGUCUACGUCCACACAAUGGCCUUUCUCUUCGAACCAUUUCAGGCCGAUGACCAAUAUUUGCGCGAAUUCCUUUCACAUCUCUAUCUCAAUUGUAUAAUACGCUAUCAGAAUGAGACCGGCUCGGCGGUCAAUGAUACGGACGAUGACGCAAACUACAUUGGCGUGCCACGUUACCUCGAAGAGGCCGUGCUCAACGAAGGCAGCAUAGACUUGUCGAAUGUGGACGAAGCGCAGGCGGAACAAAAUGAACUCUUCGCCUACAUCUCCAAGCAUAGCUUGAAGCCACCGCCAACAACAACAACAACAGUAGCGUCACUCACUACCAGAAAUAACAGUACAUUUCAGAGCAACUACAAUGCGAGCAACAUAAAUACGACAUACCCAUAUAUCAGCAACAUUAGUGUCACUUCAACGCCUGCAACAAAUGCCAACGCUUCUGCAAAUGGCACUUCUUCGUCGGUUUCUUCAGCAACUUCUACGCCGGCCACAUCACCCACGGCUGCUGGCUCGCCGCCGCUGCGCUUUUGCCCUUUGCGCUUCGAUGGCUACCUCUGCUGGCCGCGCACGCCCGCCGGCACUGUGCUCAGUCAAUAUUGUCCGGAUUUUGUGGAGGGCUUCAAUCGCAAAUUUCUGGCGCAUAAAACUUGUCUGGAGAACGGCACCUGGUAUCAUCAUCCUGUGAGCGGUCGUGAAUGGUCCAACUACACCAAUUGCAUUGAUUACGAUGACUUGCAGUUCCGCAGUUUCGUCAAUGAGCUCUACGUGAAAGGCUACAUCGUUUCCUUAAUCGCAUUACUGCUCUCACUUGUCAUAUUCCUAGGCUUUAAAUCCUUGCGCUGCACACGCAUACGCAUACACGUGCACUUGUUCGCCUCGCUGGCAUUCACUUGCAUCGCCUGGAUACUCUGGUACAAAUUUGUGGUCGAACAACCGGAUCUAAUAGGCAAUAAUCCGCCCUGGUGCAUAAUUCUACACCUGGUCGUGCACUAUUUUAUGCUGGUCAAUUACUUUUGGAUGUUUUGUGAAGGGUUGCAUUUGCAUUUGGUGUUAGUGGUGGUCUUUGUUAAAGACACCAUUGUGAUGCGUUGGUUCAAGCUCUUCGCCUGGAUGUCACCCAUACUUGUGUUGUUGGCUUAUGGAGCGGCCAGAUUUUUACACACCGACGAUAAUACACACUGCUGGAUGGACGACAGUCUGCUGCUUUGGAUCCUGUCUGUGCCCAUCUGUGCAUCGCUCUUGGCUAGUUUCGUUUUUCUCAUCAAUGUUUUGCGCGUCAUUGUGCGCAAGUUGCAUCCGCAGUCGGCGCAGCCGGCACCGCUGGCCAUAAGGAAAGCAGUGCGCGCUACAAUAAUAUUGAUACCGCUGUUUGGCUUGCAACACUCGUUGCUCCCUUACCGCCCCGACACUGGCACACCACUGGAACGCUUCUACCAAAUACUCUCGGUGAUAUUGGUAAGCCUGCAGGGCUUUGUCGUCUCCUUUCUCUUUUGCUUUGCCAAUCACGAUGUCACGUUCGCCAUACGCACGCUCUUGAAUCGGCUCAUGCCCGGUUUGGUCUCACCACCGCCACCAGGCACACAUACCGGACAAAUGGCAACAACAACACCAAGUCGCGAGCUGGGCGUGUAAGCACAGGGAGCUGCGCGUAGAGAACUCGGAGAAACGAGCAGCGGACCAAUAGCGUAGAAGCUUAGCUUUAGCUAAUGGAGGUGCAUCAGGGCGCAGCCACAAAGGGGUUAGGACCACUAAACUAUUGAUUUUUCAAUUUUAAUAUUGUUUUCUUCAAAUUUAUAAAAUUUAAACUCCAAGAGUACCAAAUUGUGCAGGAAAAAGUCAUAUUCAAACCACAACAACAAAAGUAGACACUAGAAACAUACAAAAACUGAAAAUUAAUACUAAAGUGAACGCAAAGAAGUAUUUAGAGGCCAAUGUAACCGAAGAAAUGUAUUAUUACAAAAUAUCAAAUGAGAUUGUGUAUGUACUAUACAUAUAUAUAAUAUAUUUAC